CAAUCCUGCCUCAGCCUUCCAGAGUGCUGCGAUUACGGACAUGUGCCACCGCACCCAGGUCUUAUGUUUGAAUUUAUUAGAUAAAUAUUGAAUUAUUUAAGUAUUUAAUUUGACAAAAUUCCACAUCAGAAACCUUGAAUAUAGAGCAGAAUAUAACCUAGCUAUUAGGGGUGUACAGGAAAGAAUUGCAGCUAGAAAGCUGGCAUAAAGCAAGUAAAAGUUAGAGUAGGAGAAAAUUGAGCUUGGUUAGUAGUGUGGUAUCUUCCUAAGAAUCUGAAAGAGGAUAAUGAAGUAUAUAAUUUCCACUUUUGCAAAAAAAUAGAUAUUUUUCCGGGAUGGAACAUUGCCCAGCUAAAGUAUGAAUCUCUUGUGUGGGAACACAAAUGGGUAAAUGACCAACUUGGAACAACAUGAAUCAGAUAUGAUGUAAUGCCCAUUUCUGGCUAUCAGUAAGGAUUAAAAAUAAAACCUACAAUCAACAUUGACUGUUUACAGAAAAUGCCUGAUAUUCCAUAUCCAAAAUGAAUAGCAAGAUACUUAAUCUCUCCAAGAGGGAAUUGAAAACAACAUAGCCUUAUCCUUCAUAUGGAGGCGUACUGGUCUCUCUUUUGUACUGAGUGAAUGUGUGACCAUUUCCAUGUCUAAAACACAUUAAUGCUGUGAAAAUGUCUACCAAGAUACACAGUGGGAUGUAAUGGUGCCUCCUUGGGUUUUACUGAGUAUUCUUAGUUUGGCAAAGUGAGGACUAACAGAAUCAUAGUGUUCACUCUCUGUUACCUUGUUCAUUGUUCAAUGUGAGGAUUCUGGAGGCAAAAAGAGAAAGUCGCCUUCAUUUGGUAAGCUGUAAAAGUGAAAAACAUAAUAUUCCAAGAUGUCCCGUCAAUUUUAGAAGAUUUAAUUGAGUUGAUGGAUGAUGGAGCCUAAUGAAAGCUCCGGUUGCUGGGAAACCCUUUGGAGGUUUCAUGUGGACAAAAUCUCUUCAGCUCAUGUAUACCUUCGAUUGCAUAAGGGAGAGAAGAUAGAAGACAUUCCCAAGGAAGUGCUGGUGGACUGUGCCCAGCUUGUGAAGGCCAAUAGCAUUCAAGGCUGCAAGAUGAACAACAUUAAUGUGGUGUACACACCAUGGUCGAACCUGAAGAAGACAGCUGACAUGGACGUGGGGCAGAUAGGCUUUCACAGGCAGAAGGAUGUAAAAAUUGUAACAGUGGAGAAGAAAGUGAAUGAAAUCCUGAACCGAUUAGAAAAGACCAAACUGGAACGGUUCCCAGACCUAGCAGCAGAGAAAGAAGGCAGAGAUCGAGAAGAGAGGAAUGAGAAAAAAGCCCAAAUUCAGGAAAUGAAAAGGAGAGAAAAAGAAGAAAUGAAGAAGAAGAAGGAAAUGGAUGAGCUUAGGAGCUAUUCAUCAUUAAUGAAAGCUGAGAAUAUGUCUUCAAAUCAGGAUGACAAUGAUUCAGAUGAAUUCAUGUGAAAGAAGAACAAGACUUGAAAGAUGCAAAUAUAGAGACCAUUGCAGACUUUUUGAUUUAAUCUCUGUUCUGAAUUUUAAAAACAACAAAAAUUCUGCCUUCAUUCUACACAGAUAUUAUUUGUUUUUAAAAAAUGUUCCUUUUCUGCCGACAGAAAGGGACAGAUAUUAUAUAUAUGUGUGUGUUGGGGGGGUGUGUAAUGAUGAACUUGAAGAUGACAUAUAACUUUAGGAAAGUGGAAAUACUUUUUCCUGAUCAUGUCUCAGUGCCUGGUGGAAGCUGACUGCCCUUGCUCUUGAGAUAGACGUUGGAACAAAUCAACUCUGAAAGUAUCUGUGUGACUGUGGUCUAUCCCUGAAAACAGAUGUCUUGAAACGCUUUCCGUAUCCGAAAAUAUUUCACUUCUGUUAAGAGGAAUGUGUUGAUGGCCAGUUCAGGCCAGUGUUCCCCUGUUUCUGAUGUCCAGAUUAGGAAAAAAAAGGCAUAUGGGUUUUGAAGAUGAUGGUGAUAUCUCAAAAGACCGCUAGCUUCAGUAGCGACAUCCACUCGUGUCAUCUGAUUCUGGUAGUGUUGUGACCCUUGGCUCUCACCUUGUUCCAGCUCCAAGUCCUCACUUUCUCAGAGUUCGGGCCCCAAGCUUAGCAGCAUCAUAUUUAAAGAAAUAGUUGGUCAUAAUCAUGUGGGCCUUGUGGUGAUUGUUCUCUGAGCUCAGGUAAACCUGGCCACAGAUGUGACAGCUUCCAGUGUCUGGACUCGUGUCGCAGCACUGAGGGAGGCGGGAAGGGGUGCUCUGAAUUGUGUGAGCGAAACAGAUAAGUUGACUUUUGUCUUUGGAUACAACAUAAAGCAAAGGUCCAUAUUGGAUUAUGAUUUUAGGGGAAAAGAAAAACAAGCAUUUCCCUAGCCAGCCAAGUAAUUUGUUUCCUGACCUUGGAAGAGAUUGAAGUUUUAUUACCCCAGAGUUCCAGUUUCUCAAUUGUAGACUCAGUAACUGAAUGUGUAAUUACUACUCAUCCGAAACACCUGCUACCCAGUGUGAUUCUGGCCAGAAGAUCAGUUCUUACUGUAAUGUGUAAGGCAGCCCUUAUAGGGAGAGAGAAAAGAAAACAGCGACGAGAAGAGAGCGUGCAGGACAGUGGGCAUGCAGGUUCCCAUUGUAACACUCCCAGAACUCUGCCCGCAGUGCUAUUAGCUAACCCAGCAAAAACGGUCUACAGCAAACCUAGCUGUCCUAGCACUUUGGAUCUGUGGGCAAAACCCAAAAGACUAGUGGUUCCUUUUAUUCCAAGUUGGCACAUGGCGUCGAACUGGAAAAUUCCCUGAGGCAUUAGUCAUCAGCCUGACUUUGAGGAAGUGUGGAAGGUAGCACCAGAGAUCAAGAGAGAGAGAGAGAGAGAGGGAGAGAAUGGUAUUUAGACUUGACUUCUACAAUUAAGAAAUUAUAAUAAAAUAUCUUUUUUUAACCUGGA